CCGCACCGCACCUCGGCUCUACCUACCUCUCCCGAUUCCCCAAUCUGCGGUGUGGUGUGGUGCGGUGCGAGCCGGACGCAGGCGUCGCCUCGCCUCGUCGCGCGCGCGGCUGUAGAGAGAGAAGCCUCGUAGACACCCUAGCCUCCUCCACCGGCCUUGCCCUCCUCGCGCGCACGGCCUCCUCCACCGGCCUUGGCCUCCUCGCGCGCACGGCGGGCGGGGCGUGCAGGUUUGGGGGAGUAGCGACGGCGACGCGCCCGACCUCCGUCCACCUGCCUCCAUAUCGGUUCGGGCUGCAGCAUGUAUGAGGAAGACAACAUUCAGGGAGAAUUGUUACUCGUUCAGGCAGAACUUGAUGACAUCCAAGGGCAAAUUAGUGCACUGAUUGAUCGUCAAGAGGAGCUGUAUGAGCGUGAAUCACAGCUGAAAGCUAUGCUCGAAGUAUCUAAAGCAUCCAACAACACAAUCAAUAAUACCCCUUCAGUUGGUCCAAAAGAUUGGUCUGGGAGCUUCUUAUGGGACUCUCGGGCUGAUGAUGUUCGUUUUAAUGUAUUUGGGAUUUCUUCAUACCGGCAGAAUCAAAGAGAGCAUAUUGCAACCUUCCAGAUAAUCAAUGCCAUCAUGAGUGGAAGAGAUGUACUGGUCAUAAUGGCUGCUGGUGGAGGGAAGAGCCUCUGCUAUCAACUACCUGCUGUACUUCAUGAUGGAAUUACAUUGGUUGUUAGUCCUUUGCUUUCCCUUAUCCAGGACCAGGUCAUGGGACUAGCAGCUUUAGGUAUACAAGCAUACAUGCUGGCUUCAACUACCAAUAAGGAAGUCGAGAAGUUCGUCUACAAGGCGCUUGAUAAAGGUGAAGGAGAACUGAAGAUAUUGUAUGUGACACCUGAAAAGAUAUCCAAAAGUAAAAGGUUCAUGUCUAAGCUUGAGAAAUGCCACCAUGCAGGGCGUCUUUCUCUCAUUGCAAUAGAUGAGGCACACUGCUGUAGUCAAUGGGGCCAUGAUUUUCGCCCAGACUACAAGAAUCUUGGCAUUUUAAAGGUCCAGUUUCCCAGUGUUCCUAUGAUAGCUUUAACUGCAACUGCGACAAAUAAAGUGCAAAUUGAUUUGAUAGAGAUGCUUCAUAUCCCUAGAUGUGUCAAGUUUGUCAGCACAAUUAACAGGCCCAACCUUUUCUAUAAAGUAUUUGAGAAAUCACCAGUUGGAAAGGUCGUCAUUGAUGAGAUUGCAAACUUUAUAAGUGAAUCGUACCCGAAUAAUGAAUCUGGGAUUGUUUACUGCUUUUCUAGGAAGGAAUGUGAACAGGUCGCAAAAGAACUGUCUGAAAGGGGUAUUUUAGCAGAUUAUUAUCAUGCAGAUAUGGAUGUUAUUUCUCGUGAGAAAGUUCAUAUGCGCUGGAGCAAAAGCAAAUUGCAGGUCAUUGUUGGAACAGUGGCGUUUGGAAUGGGAAUCAACAAGCCAGAUGUCAGGUUUGUGAUUCACCACAGCCUUAGUAAAUCUAUGGAAACAUACUACCAGGAAAGUGGAAGGGCAGGGAGAGAUGGACUACCUUCAGAAUGUAUUCUGUAUUAUCGACCUGGUGAUGUUCCACGCCAAAGUUCAAUGGUCUUCUAUGAAAACUGUGGCCUGCAAAAUCUUUAUGACAUAGUACGAUAUUGUCAGUCUAAGAGGAGCUGUCGUCGUGGUGCUUUCUUCCGGCAUUUUGGAGAGGCUGCACAAGAUUGCAAUGGAAUGUGUGACAACUGCACUUCUAGUCUUGAGCUCAAGGAGAUAGACGCUACCCGUAUGAUGAUUUUACAUCAGCUUGGAAAUUUUACUGUUGCACUGAAUUACAUACUUGAUACUUGCAUGUUCUUUAGUUUAUAUUUUUACAAAAUGGUAUUUUUGGGAGACAUAUUUCUUGGAAAGAUUUCGUUUAUGUAUAUUUACACUUCGAUUGUUUCUAUGACUUAUUGUACAGACCAUACUAAAAUUAUUGUUUCGCUUCUACAUGAUAUCCAACUUAAUGACCAAAGAGCUACAUUGUUGCAGCUGGUUGAUAAGUUCAAGGCAAAGUGGAAAGAUUUAGGUUGUUCAAAUGAGUCCAUUGAUCUUAAGAAAGAAGGCAUUGAACAGUUGGUAGUUCAACUUAUACUCGAUCGGGUUUUGAAAGAAGAAUUUCAGCAUACAGCAUAUGCAACCAAUGCAUAUGUUGCCUUGGGACCACUGUGGAAGCCAGCACUACAAGGGAACAGACCGGUCAAGCUUAGCGUUGCUUUUCACUCUCAGGAUAAAGGUAGUGGAUCCAAACGGACUAAGCGCAACCAGAUGAGUAAUUUGGAAGCUAAGCUUGAUGACCUGCGGAGAGAGCUCUCUUCCAGUAAUGGAGGCGUAUUCCCACAUGCUGUUCUUUCUGCCCAGCAAAUUUCCCUCCUGAACCGCCAAAAACCAACCACUGUUGCUGAGCUUGAAAAGCUUAUAGGAAAGGUUAAGACAGGUAAGUACGGGAGCGCGAUCAUUGAGCUCAUGCUGUUACAUAUUGAUUCAGAAGUAGCCGGAGGAAAGGCCUGUGCAUCGAAGAGGCAAAAGAAAGAUAAGGAGGAUGUUAUUUGUGUUGAGAGUAGCGAGGAGGAGGAUGUUUAAGCGUUAUCAUGGUUUUUCUUUUGAAGGCUAACGAGGCAAAUUUAUUGUUGAACCUUGAGUGAACCUUGAGUUGUGUUGGGAUUUAAACGAGUUCUGAAAUAUAUGUAGUUGAGGAAUUACAGUGUCAAGCUAAGGCAAAUAUGGAAUAUCUAGGGAAUGUUUUGGUUUAUUGUCA